CCCUCUGCCCCGCCGCCUUCCCCGCCCCACCGGCCUCUCCACCGCUGUCCAAAAGCCUCUGCUCCCCCACAGGCCCCGCUCCACGGCUUCCCCAACCCCAUGGGCCAUCCCUGCCCCGCUGGCUUCUCCACCACUGCCCAAAAGCCUCCUCUGCCCCCACGGGACCCCGUUGCGCCCCCGCCUCAUGGCCGCUCUGCUCCGGCGCUGCCGCUCCACCCCGCCUCAGCAGCUGCCCCAGUUGCUCCCCCACAGCUUGUCACCCCCGACCCACCGUGUCCCCGUCCCACCCACCCACACUGCCCCCCCGUGACUGCCCCGGCCUCUGACACCCCCUCCCUGUGGGGGGGGUCCUGUGCAGCAGAACAGCCCCCCCGCCAUGGUCUUGUGCUGUGGGGCUCCCCACCCGGAGCUGCCAGCGCUGGAGUUGCCUUCACAGGCGGCCGCGCUGCCAAGGGACAGCCCGAGGGACCGUUCCUCGUGAACGAUCGCAUGAAUCAUGGAGAAGUUUGGCAUGAACUUUGGAGGCGGGCCGAGUAAAAAAGAUCUUGUAGAGACGAUUGAAUCGCAGAAGAAGCAGCUUCUUCAGUACCAGAUGAGGCUGAAGGAUGUCGUCAGAGCCUACAAGAGCCUCCUCAAGGAGAAGGAAGCCUUGGAAGCCAGUUUGAAGGUGUUGUCCGUGUCUCACGAGGCAGAUGUCGGCUUGAGCGGCGCUCAGCCUGUGUCCGGGGCCAGCUCCGGCUCUUCCUUUGCCGAUUCGGCGGACGACCAGAGCUCGGUUCACAGCGAGGACAGCGCGGGGACGGCCACCAGCGCAGACACUGCCGCCAGCCUGGCCAGUACGAAGGGUGAACCGGGGCCUGAGGAUGACAAACCUGCGGCCGCCGGUUCCUCUCUUAAAUCAGAAGAGACAAGCGGCUCGGAGAGCGGCGUCAGCACGAGCAGCGGGGACGUGCCGCCUGCUGCCGGCGAGGCUGAUAGAAGAGUGUUCCAGCUGAAGACCCAGCUGGCCACCCUGACCAGCGCCCUGGCCACGGUCACGCAGGAGAAGUCCCGCAUGGAAGCCUCCUACCAAGCUGACAAGAAGAAGAUGAAGCAGGACCUGGACGACGCCAUCAAAAAAGCAGAAAAUGAGACCGAGAAGUUGGAGACGGAGCUGAAGUCCAUCCAGGAACAACUGGCCGAGACCAAAGCCCGUCUGAUCACGCAGCAGCAUGACCGAGCCCAGGAGCAGGGCGACCACGCUGUGAUGCUGCGUGAGCUCCAGAAGCUGCUGCAGAACGAGAGGACGUUGCGCCAGGACACGGAGCUGAAGCUGGAGGAGACCCGGGAGGCCUUGGCCGGGAGGGCGUCUGUGGCCGACCGCGCCGAGGGCUACGAGCUGCAGAUCAGGCAGCUGAGCCAGGAGGUGGAGGACCUGAAGAGAGAGCUGCAAGCUGUUCAGGAGCAGAACGAGAAGCCAGACCCGCGGAUACAGGGUCUGCAGGAGGAGAUGAGCAGCCUGAAGAACCACUUCCAAGCACAGCUGCUGCAGGAGAUGAGGAAGACGGCGCAGGCAGAGGAGCAGCUCCGCCUGCAUGCCCAGAACGAGGAGCGGCGCGUGGCCGACCUGGAGGGACAGGUGUCCCAGGUGUCCGAGCUCCUGGGCACCUACGAGAAAGCCAAGCAGAAGGACCAGGCGGUGAUUCAGAAGCUCAAGGACCGCAUCGUGCAGCUGGACCUGGAGAACAAAACCCUGGCCAUCGCCGCCUCCAGCCGAGCCCCCGCCGAUGUUCACCUCGAAGAAACCAACCUCGACGUGAAUGUUCUAAAGGAUAAAAUGGAGAAGCUGAAGAAGCUCUUGCAGGCGGCCGCUAAGAAGAGUCAGCCGGCUCUGGACAUCGAGAAGCUGUGCGAGCUGGAGCUGCCCAAGGGCAGCGAGGCCGGGGACGGCGAGAAGGCCACGGCUUUGUACUACCAGCAGGAGCUGAAGCAGCUGAAGGAGGAGUUUGAGCGGUACAAGAUGAGGGCGCAAGUGGUUCUCAAGAACAAGUCGGCCAAAGACGGCAACGUGGCCAAAGAGCUGGAGGAAGCGCAGGAGCAGCUGGCGGACCUGAAGGAGAAAUAUGUCGCGCUGCAGCUGGCUGCUGAGGACACGGAGAAGCGGCACCAGCAAGACAUGGAAGCCAAGAGCAAAGAGCUGUCCCGGCUGCAGCAGACUCACAAGCAGGAAUUAGAGCGGUGCCAGCUGGAGUACAGGGAGCGGGCGCUGAAGCUGGAGGAGGAGAUGCACAAACAGCGGGACCGAGCUCUGGCUGUGCUGGCGGAGAAGGACCAAGAGCUGGAGCAGCUGAGAUCCCUCACGCUGCCCUACGGGCUCCAGGGAUCCAAAAACUACCUGGCGUCGGGGACCACGAGCAGCGACUCGCCAGGGAGCGAUUCCUCAGAGAUCCUCCCCCAGGCCCUUCACCUCUCGGCCAGCAGCGAGCCCACCUUCUUCUUGUACGCAGAGCAGCUGGCUCGCAAAGAAGUGGAGAUCGGGGCGCUGAGGAAACAGAAGCACAAGCUGGAAAUGCAGGUUCAUCAGCUCCAGGAGAAAAUCUUGGUUGAGGAGGAGAAGCACCGGGAGGAGGUUUCCACACUUCACAGCGAAAUCGAGAAGAACUUCAGAGAUAAGAGCAGGGAGGGGGCCAACCUGGAGUACCUCAAAAACAUCGUGUUCAGGUUUCUGACGCUGCCGGACUCCCUGGGGCGCCAGCAGACCCUGACUGCCAUACUGACUAUCCUGCAUUUCAGCCCCGAGGAGAAGCAGGCCAUCGCCAAACAGUCGGCCUCCGGCAGCUGGUGGCUUUCUGGGAAGAGAUGAGAUGCUGCGUUUUAUUCCCGGCUGCUUUUCCGGAGCCACACGUUUCUGGUUAUUAACUCAGACCACUUCACUUGUGGUGGAACCUGUUUCCAACCGUGUGAUGGAGCAGGGACCUUCCAGCAACAAGUUGGGCUUAAACUACUGCUCUUGGUACUAAUUGAAAGUGGGAUUGUGCCAACUGUUCCGGUAGGAUCACAGCGGGAGCUGGUGUGAGAAUUUGCUCCCAGUUGGAACUUGAUUAAAGAAAAAAACCUGAAGAUCCUGAUGCUUUUUUAAACACCAUUUUUAAGGAGUCCCUGCGUGUCGCGUGUAGGGUGAAACUCGCUUCUGUCUUCAAACAGCAGGCAGGCUUGUGACUGCAAGAUUUCAAAUCACAUCGGAGCAAGAGCUGAAUGCCUGCAGGACCGAUGAGCCUUGACCACCAGCAUCAUCAAAACGCCAAAAAUCUGGAGCGUUUUCUCAAAAGGUUUUGUAUUUUUAACCUAGAGCCAAUUUCCAGCAGUGAUAGGGCAGCUCCCGGGGGCGCCGGGGCCGGUCCCGCGGCACCAGGUGUGUCGGUGCGUUACCAGUGCUGAGCAGGGUUCUCUCUGCACUUAUCGGGGUUUCCCAGGAAGGAGGAAAGAUGUCGUGAGUAUUUCUUCCCCACUAGUGCCAAACCAGCAGGUGCUGGGCAGCAGUUGGAGCGGAUACCGGGGCUUUCUGACCCCAUUUGAGAGCCAGGCUGGUGCAGAAAGCAGACGGAGGAGAGGCUGCAGUAGGGAUGCUGACCCUUCAGCAGUUGUUUUCGAGGCAUUUGGGAGUUGUGCUGAAGUUCUGGACGUUCCACGGUGUGGUUUUUAGAAGCAGGACGUUGUUCCUGCUGGGCCAGAGGAGGCAAGCGGAGCCUGACGUUCCUCUUGGUGUUUGCGGUGAGCGCCGGGUGGUGCUGAGCGCCUGGCCGGCUGCUGCGCGGACCUCCAGGUUUUGCCUCAUUCCUUGCAAACUGGUGAAGGCAGGAGGAGGAAAGCCAAACCGUCUGAAGCAGCCCUGCUUUGGUUGCGGUUCCUCCCGCCCGCGUUCCUGCGCGUUGCCGGAACCCAACGCCGCAGCUCAGCAGGGAGGUGGCUGGAAUGAGGCGUUCGAGUGGUUACAAGACUAAAACCAGAGCGUGUGUUUUGAAUGUUACUGGAGCGUAUGGGAAGGGUCCUCGGGCAGCUGUGAGCGGGGAAUGCAACGCUGGCACGGGAAAACUGUCCCCUCCGCCAUGGCAGGAACCUAACUUUCCUUUUGGUGUUUGUGCCUUGAGAGCCGGCAGGCUGGAGACGGGGAACGCGCUGUGUCACCCUCAGAGCCUGUGUUUUCACCGAUCGAGCCUGUAACUUGUUGCCUUCCCUUCACUUUCCAUUUCCCUCCUGCCCUGCCGAUGGUUGAGACCAGGGACACGGCGUCCCUGGGGUUCCCCUGUCCAGCCCCUGGGUGCUGGGGCCACUCGAGGACACCCAGCCCAGAGCCAGGGCUGCAGCAUCUCUCCCAGCGCCUGGGACAGGACCUGGCUCUGCAGGGUGACGCCUGAGGAAAGUGGCCGGUGGCCCCGGAGGGCUCGGUGGCCACGGCCGAGUCCUGGCUGGUCCCUGUGGCCAGGGGGACAAUGUUGGAGCUGAGGGCAGCUCGCACGGCGACUUGGGGUUCUGUGUGGGCAGUGGAGUGGGUUUCUGUGUCCAAAAUGUGCUCUGCUGCAGCAAAACUGCUCCCGAGGCCUGGGCAGGCGCCGACGCUCUCUGUGACAAAGGCUGCGCAAGGUCAGGAGGAAAAUAAAACUCAUUUCCCAGCUAUUGUGUGUCCUGUGAGCACAGAGCUCUCUGGAACGGGCAGGAGCGUCCCUGUGUCUCUGCGGAGCUGCGCGGGCCGGGGCUCCUGGAACGGCGCCCAUCGGGAAGCGUCAGUGCUGGGAUUUACGUGGUCACUGCUCUCCCAAAACCAGACGGGGACGUUUUGCUUCCAGAGGUGUCGGGCGCUUGCCUGCAGCGCUGGAACCGGCUGCUCCCGCCCGAGCUGCUGCCAAAGCUUCUAGAGCUUUCUCAGCUGCGUAGGCAAAAUCUCACUUGAGUUUUGGUUUUGUGCCCCUGCUUUGUUUUUAAUUAAAGCUUGGCUUAGUAAAGCACAACGUCCCAGGCAAUUCGUGUGCCCGGGGCGCACGGAGAGCUGGAGCGGCUGAGCGAGAUGGAGCCCUUUCCAUCCCUGUGCUGUGCCACCCGUCCUUGUCCUGCCCGGGGCCGAGUUCCUGGACUCUGCCCCACAAAUCCCGCCUCGCUGGCGGCGAGGGCGGCGCUCCCCCUAACACAACCCCCGCUGCCAAUUUCUCCUCGCAAAAUCCUCAGGGAAAACGUGCCCCUGUGUCUGCUGGAGGUCCCGGGAGCGGUGACAAAGCCGAGCGGUCACCCACUCCAUCCAUCAGCUGAACGUUGUCUCUGUGCAGAGAGCGGGCUGAGAGCAUCUGCGGGACCCACGUGCGGCUCUGGUGGAGGCGACUGGGUGGAAAUGGGAGAGUUUGUUCCAGGGAGAGCUUGGUCUCGUGCUCCUCAGCUUUGAGAUGCUUCUCGACCAUACGAGUGUUGGCUCAGACGAGAGAUCCGCGCAGAAGAGCCCGGCUCGGAGCCCCCGUUUGGAAAGUGUGAAUGGAGUGCCGCCUCUGAGACCCCAGGGAUUGCUCCAGGCUCCUACAAGGGCUGAGGAGGAUGAGGGUUCCUCCAGCUUCGGCCUCGCUGCCCACGCUGAGCAGGGAUCCCCGUGUCCUUCUGGAGGACGCGCUGCCCCAGGGGAGACCCCGUGCCGGGGGGUCUGUGGUGUUGUAGGCACAGCAGGACAGACUCUGCUGUCCCGGGAACACUGACGUGGCUUUUCCCACCCGCAGCGCUGGGGUCUCCUGCAGCAGAAGUUUCCAGCCAAGCCGGAGAGAGCGCAGGAACAAACCAGGACCCACGCAGAGCUGCUGUAACCUCGUGCGGCUCUCCCCGUGCGAUUCCUGUCCCCACAGCCCCUCUCCUGCUCCUCGCCACAUCCCUCCCUCUUUCCUCGUGCAGCCAAUACCCUCCUAAAUAAAACUACAAGAAAAACUGUUUGAAGCAAA